GCCAAAGCAACUCAUUUAUUUGCUUAUUAUAUUAAAUCAAUCCACUUUCCACAUUCUACAAUACCAUAAGCCUUUCCUCAACAAUAAAUCUCUCAAAAAACCCUACUAAAAACUUCUAAAAUCUUCUCUACCCUUUCAAAUAUUAUUCAAAUUCAUCCAACUUAAGAUAAAAUAACAAUCAACUUUAUACUUUAUUCCAUCUUAAUUCUUACCUGUAUAUUCAAAUUUAACACACAUUUUUUUCCAUUUAAUUUAUUUAUAGAUAUAUAAAUCCUUUUUUCAUACAAAUGAACUUUUCCUUAAGAAAAUCUAUAUCACUCAAUAAAACAACUUAUAAAUCUUCCUUUUUUAAAAACCAUAGCUGUCCUUCAUCCUCCAUUGUUGAUCAUCCUUCUCCUUCCUUCAACCUACCUGCCGCCACUGACUAUGCUGGCGGCCAUUAUUCCAUGACCGCCACCGACUAUGCUGGCGGCCAUUAUUCGAUGACCUCUACUCCUUCUGCAGCUAAUAACCAACAAAUAAUUGUUAAUAUUAAUGGGUUUAAUUCAAUUUCUUCAAACCUUGAAGAUGAUGGAAAAGAGAAGGAAGGUCAUGGACGUUCUCUUGCUUAUACCUCGCCCUCCUCCAUGGAUUUUUCUUUUAAACGAACAAGUUCAGCAAUAGUGGAGGACCCCACUUUUUCAUCGACGGAUUUUUUGUUGAUGGGUAAAUUUUUAGAGCAAGAUUUACAAAGGGUUAAAUCAUUAGAUAUUGAAAUGGGAGAUAAUCAACAAAAUGAUCAUCAAAAUAAUAGUAUUUGGCGUCAAGGAUCAGGUCUUCCACCAUUACCUAAGCAUGAUAAUCAAUCUCGUUUAAGUGAUGUUCAAAGCUCUGAUUUUGUUAGUAAUAAUAGAUUAAAUCAUAUGUUAAGCAUGCAAAGUAAUCAUAGUAAUAAUAAUAAUGAUCAUGGGUCUAGAGAUCAUACAAGGGUUUCUUUUCAAGAAAAACCAUGUUCUUCUCAUGAUGAUGAUAAUAAUGAUGGUGAUGAUGAUGAUGAUGAUGAUCAUCAUCAUCAUCAUGAUGGUGUUGUUCAUGAUGAGGAUAAUAAUGGGUCGUCAGCAAUGAAGAUGAAUGGUGGUGGUAUGCAUGUUCAUAAGAGAAGAUCAUCAUCAAAACUCUCAAAAGCUAAUUUUAUGCAUGAGCACGCCAUUCGAGGGGAUGAUCAUCAUGAGGUUUUGAGAUGUACAUCCAUUAAUUCUUCACCCAAAAAGAUGAGUAAUGCUGUUUCCAUUUCUAAGACUAGGUCUAGACUAAUGGAUCCACCAUUAGACCAAUUUUCUUGUUCCGGGGUGUUACAUAGAUCAGGGCAACUCAUCAGUAACAAUAACAAUAACAAUAUCAAUAAAUCGGGUGCCAUUAAAUCAUCGAAUCUUGAAGAAGAAGAGGAUGAUCCUUUCAUUGAGGAUGAUUUUCCUGAGGAGUUUAAAAAAGCACAAAUAAGUACUUUGGUGAUUCUUGAAUGGGUAAGCCUUGUAGCCCUAGUAGGUUCUUUGAUUUGUAGUCUUGUUAUUCCUGUUUUAAAGGUUAAAUCUAUAUGGGAACUUAAGCUAUGGAAAUGGGAAGUUUUUGGGCUUUCUUUAGUUUGUGGGAGAUUACUUUCAGGAUGGGGGAUUAAGAUCAUUGUAUUCUUCAUUGAGAGGAAUUUCUUGCUUAGGAAAAGGGUUUUGUACUUUGUUUAUGGGUUAAAAAAGGCAGUUCAAAAUGUGAUUUGGUUAGGGCUUGUUCUAUUAACUUGGCAUUGUAUCUUUAAUAGAAAAGUUGAGAAUGGCGCCAAUAGUGAGCCUCUUAAGGUAGUCACUAAACUUUUAGUGAUAGGUGAAAUCGGGGCGGUUUUAUGGCUGUUAAAGAUAUUAAUGGUUAAAGUCUGUGCCUCGAGUUUUCAUGUUAAGGCGUUUUUUGAAAGAAUUCAAGAAUCGCUAUUCAAUCAGUUUGUGAUCGAGACACUUUCAGCUCCGCCCUUAUUCGAGCUUAAAAAUUCUCAAGAAGAAGAAGAUGAUAGGGCUAUGGCCGAAGUACAAAUGCUACAAAAUGCAGGAAUCAACAUACCAAUUGAGCUCAAAGCAUCAAUGUUUGCAAGAACCAAGAGUGGAAAAGGUUUGCAACAUUUGAAUAGUCAAGGGAGCAAGACUCUUGGAAUGAAUCCAACAACACCCCCAAUUAAGAGUCCUGUAAGGCAAAGUCUUAGAUUUUCAGGCCCAAUUUCAAGAAAAUAUCAUGAUGAAGGGAUUACAAUUGAUCGUUUGCAUAAACUAAAUCAAAAAAAUGUUUCAGCUUGGAAUAUGAAGAGGCUAAUCAAGAUUGUAAGACAUGGGUUUUUGACAACAUUGGAUGAACAUAUAGAGAAUACAAAUGCUAUUCAUGAAGAUGAAUAUGCUCAUCAAAUUCGGAGUGAGGUUGAGGCUAAAGCUGCUGCUAGAAAAAUAUUCCGCAAUGUUGCUAAGCCAAGGUCUAAGUAUCUUUGUUAUAAUGAUCUUCUACGAUUUAUGCAAGAAGAUGAGGCUUUAAAGACGAUGGGUCUUUUUGAAGGAGCUUCUGAAACUGGCAAGAUAAGCAAGUCAGCUUUGAAAAACUGGGUGGUUAAUGCAUUUAGGGAAAGAAGAGCACUUGCUUUAACUCUUAGUGACACAAAAACUGCAGUGAACAAGCUUCAUAAAAUGGUGGAUGUUUUAGUCAUCAUUAUCAUAAUCUUAAUUGCUGCUGUUUGGCUCAACAUCAUUACCUCAAGAUCAGUUGUGUUCCUAAGCUCUCAAGUUGUUGUUGCUGCUUUUGUUUUUGGCAACACCUGCAAAAAUGUAUUUGAGUCCAUCAUCUUCUUGUUUGUUGUUCAUCCUUUCGAUGUGGGUGAUCGUUGCGAGAUAGAAGGAGUUCAGAUGAUUGUGGAAGAGAUGAACAUUUUGACAACAGUUUUCUUGAGAUAUGACAACCAGAAGAUCAUAUACCCAAACUAUGUCCUUUUGUCGAAGCCUAUUAAUAACUUCUACCGUAGCCCUGAUAUGGGAGAUGCUGUGGAAUUUUGCGUCAAUAUUGCUACUCCUCCAGAUAAAAUUGCUCUUAUGAAGCAGAGAAUAACAAGUUACAUCUUAAACAAGAAGGAGCAUUGGCAUCCUGACCCAAUGGUAGUAACGAAAGAUGCAGAGAGCUUGUACUUGAUUCGUAUGGCAGUUUGGGUUACACACAGAAUGAACUUUCAAGACAUGGGAGAAAGAUGGACAAGAAGAGCACUUCUGGUAGAAGAAUGUAUAAAAAUAUUCAGAGAAAUGGACAUUGAAUAUAGAUCUUAUCCUAUGAAUUUCAGCGUUAAUUCAAUGCCAGCAGUUUGUUUUCCUACUCCUACAUUCGGUUCAGAUCCUUAUAUUUCUGAAGGUGCAAAGGAGAUUGCUCAUCAUUGAACUUCUUCAUUAGAAAUCGAGGUUUUAGUUUCGAUUACUAAAAUGUUUGUUGUAUUGUUCGUUCUUCUGCGGUUUAUUUUGUGAAGGUAGAUUGUUCUUCUGCGGUUUGUUGUAUUGUCCGUUGCUGAUUUGCAGCUUCUUAUUUCCAAUAGGUCUGGUUUGUCCUUUCGUGUUACAGAUCAACAAAUUUUAAAAUGAGUGAUAUAGAUAGAGAACCUUAUAAUCAUCAGUUAUCGGUUAAUAACAGACAAUACACUCUAGACAGUGAGCAGUGUAACAAUGUUGGAAUGGACUGAAUCCAUUUUGGUCACUCCAAGGGCCACAAAUACAAUCAUCAUUCUUAUGAAUGGAUUAUUCAAGCAGUUUAGAAUGGCCCGAACGCAGAAGAUGGUAGGAGAGGGUCUACACUCAGGCGCAGUCGUGCAGACCACCAUCCCAAUAUUGUACAAUCUCAUUCUACAUUUACUCCAUUUCUUUAGACAUAACAAAACCCCAAGGGCAAGGAGACACCCCCAAAAUAUUACUUUGUCGACAAUUUUACACAAUCCUUGCACCAUAUGUCCAAUUUCAUGUACCAGCACAAAUGAUAAAUCAAAUUUUACACAAUUAUUCAAAAAAGAAAGAGAUGUCUGAUAAAGAACUUACUUGACCAAGAAAUAGUUGUAGCAAAACUAAACCAGAUAAUCAGAAAAAGAUACAAGCAACAUUUUAAGCAUGAUACGUCUCAAAUGCUUGAUCAGAAUCAUAGCUGAAAUUCCAUUGUCAGUAACUGCUCCAUACCUAUAAUACAGGCCAACAAAAUAUUAAAUGGAAUUUCGAUGCAACAUCUAUAUCUAUAUAACCCAAAAUAAUAGAAAUUGUUGCAUCACCUACCUAUAAUAACCUAAGAUAAAAGGCAAACCGAUAUGUAAUGCUAAACCAAACCUUUAACCUACUUUAUUAAUAAUAGAAGUUAACUGUGAAAUCCUGUUUGAAGUACACUAAAUAAAUUGCCUCCAAGAGAAAUGGCCCACAAAUCCUUUUAAAACAAAAUCCACGUUUCCCUCCACAAGAAAAACUUACCAAACAAAAUCCAAUGAUAGCAAGAAUAUACAAAGAGAAUCAAACAUCACCCAUCACAACACAUCUGAUACGGAAACAAAACACCAGCUCAAUGACAAGAGCAACUUCCUGUGAGGAAAAAAAAGACAUCCACAAAAUUCUAAAAAAAUAAAUAUAUAAAGUAAAAAGAGACAAAACAGAAGAAAAAGAUGCACUACCUACUCUUCGAUAUCUAUUAAGGACUAUAGAACCUUGAAAUUCCGUCAACUAAAACAAAUUCUUGCCCCUUCAACUUAAUCGAGAGAUGUAUGUCCAAUCAAGAAAGAACAAUGAGAAAUAAGGGCUCCAAAACCGCAGUUUCACACACUACAAUAAGCCACCUAAUAGAACAUCGAGGACAACUACCAAAAAUAUACAAUGUUCAUGACGAUGAAUGAACACCAAAAUUAGAGGCAACCAAAACAUAACACUAGCUCAGUGCCAGGAUUGAGCAAGUCUUCCUGAAAUAAUAUACACAAAAACUAAAAAAGCACCAUACUGUUUCAUAUAGAAUAGCGGCUGUGAUACAACAUAAAAAAAUCAUUAAUCAACAAUAUUUUUAGAACUUGAUAAUACAGUGUCAUAACUAAUAUUCUUGAUGUGAAACCACUGCUCUCCACAUAUAAUACAAAGCCAAAACCAAAUCUUAAGUCAUCAAAUCAGGACCUGGAAUAAGCACUGCUAUAUCAUAUCCCUACCAUUCAGAAAAAUCAAUAGACGUAAAGAAUCACUGCAGAGUUUAAUCAACAUGAACUCAAAGUUGUUUACCUUCCAUAUAUACCUACAGGAUGUGCGUUACCAAAAUUUAAUCCAUUAAAAUUUUUCAUGUACUAGCAAGAUGAGAUUGAUGGAAACACCCCUCCAUCUAACAGUUGAUUAGUACUUGAUCCUAUAUACCUAUAAUAUAAGACAUAGGCUAAGAAAUAAGGACCUGAACAAAGAAAUUGGAACAAGUACCGCCUUCAACCAAAAUAAUGAGGCAAUUGAAAAUGCAAAUCCCUGUCAGCCCUAACACCUUGAUAAGCAUAACUGUGAAACAACUUCAAUAUAUCAACAUAAAUUUGUAUUAGAAGCAUCAAAAAACUACAGAACAUCAUAUCAUCAAAGAUAAAAAAUCAGUAGCUAAAAGAAUGUUUACUUAGGGACAGAGAUAAACGAGACAACCCCAGGCACCAACAUUAUUCUAGUAAAUACAGAGUCGGAGCAUCAAAAACUUCUGUCAACAAAUUUAAAUUAGAACUGAAUAAAACGGACAAAAACCCAUAAAAACUGACUCAUCACUGACAUAUAAAUCAAUUAGCAUCAAUAAAUAAAAAUAACUAAUCAAUAACCGUGAUUUGUAUAAAUCACCGUAAAAAACAAAAAGAAUAAAGAUAAAUUAAAAUGACAAAACUCUCACCCUAUCACAUCCUCGCAUCCUACCGCAUAAGGUGAUUUAUUAACUUCAUAAAUAACCGUUAUUUACCAAGAUCAUUAAUAAAUGUAACACCAGGCAACAAAAUAAUCCAUUUCAAUUGACAUUUGAGAAAAAUCAUUGUCUACCGGCAAACAUAAAACAAGCAACAAGAUACAAACAGCAGACUAAUCUAAUAUACGAACUCAGAAUCAAAUAACAUUUCAAAAACCCAUUUCAAUUGAUGGUUCACAUUUCACAUUAAAUACUUCAAAACAAUUUAUAAGACACUAUUUUCCUUGGUCAUAAGUAUAACACAGAAUUAUCCAUAUAAAAGGGAGAGAACAUAAUAGAAAUUAGGGUUAGAGAAUCAACAUCCAUCAAACAUGUUACACAAAC